AUGUCUGAAUACUCUAACUUCUCAUCUACCCACGAGGCGCUUAAAACUAUUUUUUCGAAAGCUUCCGACAAAGAAAUUGCGAACACGGUUUGCCCGCUUAUCUGGCUAUUAUGGAUGCUUUUGCAACAAACGAUCUUCGAAGUAGGUGCAGAGAUGAAAACUCGCGUGGCAUUUUUCACUUCACAAGCGUCACCGAACUCUAUACC